GACAUCCUUGUUUCAUUGAUAAGGGCAGGAGCAAAGGUCUCUGGAGAUGAAGUUUGGACCUGUGCUGUGUGUUACAGGGAACAGUGGGCUGGGGAAGUACCAUGGCAAGUUCACCUUCGACACCUUCAGCCACCAGCGUGGCUGCCUGCACCGCAACAUGGGCCUGGAGGCCCUCAACAGCCCCCGGUACCCUCCCUACAGCCAGCAGAAGAUGGGGCUGGUGACAGCCACCUUCGAGAUCAAGCGCAGGGGCAUGUGCACCAUCCUCUGAAGGCCUCCUGCCCCACUCCUGGACUUGGGGAGAGGGAGAACUUCUGCCUGGGUCCCUUCCCGAGGAGCAGAUCCAGCCCGUGUCUGCUCCUGAACCCCCUUCGCCGCCUUGCUGUGUGCCGGAUGGUGGGGGAUGGACGUCACUGCCCUGCCUCCUGCUCUGCUGCCUCUCCUCUGGACCAUCUUGGGACACACCUGGAAUGGCAAAAUAAUUCUUCUUACCCUCACCUAGUCCUUCUUCUGCCAGCAGAGAAAUGGUCCCCAGGAGGCUGAGGACCAGCAGUCAGUCCCAUCUCCUGUCAGAUGGACCUUUCCUUCUGGAUGAACCUCACUCUCCUUCCUCCAUCUAACUCUGCCUGUAGUAAAGACUUUGCAUUGAGCCUGGUUUCUCCUCAGCACUUCCAUCACCCAGUUUGGGAGGUGUCAGACUGGAAUCUGGCCACUGAGCCCUAGGGGGCAGGUGCCCUCACCCCACGUGCCCCCCACCCAUCGCACCAACACCCUCAGCCCCACCAUCACCUUCUGCUGGUGGCAGUGAGGUGCUCCCAGUGUGGCUUUGGAUCAUCAGCUACUUUUCUGAUGGUACCAGAGUGGGAGGAGUGGACAUCCUGCUGUGGGUGCCCUGCUUUAGCGGGGGGGUUGGACUGGAUGAUCUCCAGAGGUCCCUUCCACCCCCUCACCAUGCUGAGAUUCUGGGAUUUCAAUCUUCCCUUUUUUCUCCCCUCCCUGCCACCCAUCUGCUGGUUGCACCCCAGAGAGUUGGGAGAACAGGAGUUGUGCACAGAGGUCCAGGCUCAGUAGGUGCUGAUGAGCACAUCUGGAGGUGUGAGAUGCUGAAGAAGGUGGAACCUUGCUCACUGUGGUUGUGCACAGGAUCUCAGCGUCAUGCCCUGGGUGCUCUGCAGGUGGCUGGGGCUGAGUGCAGUUUUGAGACUCACUUUGGGGACAAGGAAUGCAGGGAUGGAUCAUGGCUGGUUCUUUCU